CGCUCCUCUAACCAGCAGAACUCUCCAGAUUUAUGACAUCCCGGAAUGGAUUUCCUCUGAUGAUCGGCGUCCUUACCCCCUGCUUGCCCCUGUGGCGUCUCCAAAGACCAAGAUACUGAGCCGCCAUCUGAUAAUGUCAUGCCACAAGCGAUGCUUAAUUCGCCCAAUGGUCAAGGCAAUAUCUUUCCGUGACCAACCGGACGCCAUAUCCGCCGAUGCAAUCGAAAUGCAUCAUUCCAUGGUGGUGCGAUACGUAAACCAAUAGAUCGAUCGUCGAUUUCCGAGAUGGCCAUAUAUAGAUGGAAAAUCAGGGAAGACGCACGGGGAUGCAACUACACUUCCAAGCCCUAUGAGCUCGCAACAGAACCUCUGUAUCGACUCGACAACAAGCACCAGCCCGUUCCAACCUCUGAAACUCGAGCAACCCAACACUUACCACACACGCCAUGGCCGCUGUUCUAGCACCCAGACCUUCGCAGCCACUGCCCCACAGCAAACCGCCACAGAAAGAGCUGACCUACGAGGAUUGGAAAGCUGCACGCGAUCUCCGCUCCAUGGUAUCUCCAACCAAGUUCACCCUCUGGCGAGAUCAUCACAGGCGGCGAAUGUCAUUACACGAACAAUACAAGGAAAACUCCAAGACCUUGUCGUCUACUCUGCAAGAAAUGUUGGAGUCAAGGCUGUCCUCGGCAUGCCCUUGUGCUGUAUGCACCACUCGACCGCAAUGAAGGGUUGAAAAGUCCCUGGAGAAACCGUCUCAACACCGCCUGCCAUAGAGCAGAAACCCCUAAGCCUCCAAGCCUCAAAACACUCCAGCCUUAUCAGGCGGGCGACCAUGAUAUGUCAACCAUAUUAAAUCAUCCAACAAAGGUGCACAGGCAGCGUCACUGCAAAUUUCAGCAAGACGACCAGGAAGUGUUGCAGAAGCCUAUGCGGUAGGCAGCAGUCGCUGCCUCGAAGCGUCGCAAAGAGACUGGGUGGCCAAAGGCCCAAAGCACCAAACCUUGCUGGCGUUGAGCGCUCUCAAGCCAUGUGUGCCUGCCUCUCGGUCGACCCGGGGAGAUCGACAGAUCGAGGAAACAUACGCCCAUUGGAGGUAGCUGGUUGGAAAAUCAGAUUGGAAGUGGUCUAGGGAUCUCCCACGUUGGCCCAUGACCAGCAAAAUUGGGAGAAAGGUCGAGCUCAUCAACCUAGCUCGAGGUUGAGUGCCAAAGUGCACAAACCCUCGCGAUAAAUAACUCACGGGUUCGUUACAUUUCGUCGUGCAGAUGAGCGAAAACCGUAGAGAAGCUGUCAAAUUUGUAUAAUAAUCGUUGUAUGAUAAAUCUUCCGCGGGUUAGAUCGCGACAGCAGCACGAGCCGAACUCGAACCCGUGGCCGUGGACCAGUCCAGUGCGCGUGGCAAUCCAUGAG